CUUUUAUUUCUUUUGAAUACAACUUAAAAACUUGCUAGAAGUUUAAGGGAUUCCUGUUUUGAAGAUUCGGAGUUUGUGAUUUCAGGUUGAAGAUGUCUCAUAGAAGAUCAGGGAAAAGUGGGAGGACUGAUUCAGAGUUUGAAGAGCUGAAGUAUAAAUACUUCAAAGAUUUAAGAGAUGAAAAGGUCAAAAUUAGUCGUUCUGGGAAGUAUUUCAAAUGUCCAUACUGUCAGGAUUCAAGUAGAGAGUAUGAUUCACAAGAGCUUCUACGGCAUUCUUCCCGCAUUGGUAUAGAUUCAAGAAGUGCUAGUUUUAGAGACAAGGCUAGACAUUUGGGAUUGUUCAAGUACUUAGAUAGGUACAUACAUGUAGACAAGAACACGUCUGAAUCAAGUCGGAGGAGAUAUUCUGAGCUAUCAGGGGAAGGUUCUCAAUAUACCAAGAGUAAUCCAGUAGAGCCAUCUCAGGUCACGGAGAAGUCUGAAGGUGGAGGAAAUUUUUAUCCGCCUGCUGCUAGGAGCAUUGAAGCAGUGGAUAGACCUGUUGAUGGUGCUGAAGAGCCCCUGAGAAGGAAAAAACAAAAUGCGGAGAACAGAGUGGUACUCGAACCUCCUCCCAAAAGUACUAAAGAUGGUAUGCAACCCCAACCUCUCCUAGCAUCUAGUAAGCCAGGUAUCAGCAAGACCAAGGAUGAUCUAAUAGUUUUUCCUUGGAUGGGGAUAGUAGCCAAUAUUCCUAUUGAAUAUAAGGAAGGGAAACGUGUAGGUAAAAGUGGAACAAAUCUUAAAAAGCUGUGGAUUGAGAAAGGGUUUAAUCCACUGAAGGUUCAUCCUUUGUGGAACUACAAGGGUCAUACCGGAUAUGCCAUUGUGGAAUUUAAAGGGGAUUGGUCGGGAUUCAUGAAUGCUAUAGCAUUUGAAAAAGCAUUCGAAUUAGAUAAACAUGGGAAAAGAGAUUGGAAUUCAGUAAGACAUCCAGAUAGUAAUUUGUAUGCUUGGAUUGCACGUGAUGAAGAUUACAACGCUGGGUCUUUCAUUGGUAACUUAUCUCCGUAAACAUGGAGAUCUUAAGUCAGUUUCGGGAAUACAGGAAGAGAACAAGAGGAAAGAUUCAAGGCUACUAUGGACCUUGACCAACGAGUUAGAGAUGAAGAACAAGGAGUGUGAAGAGAUGGAGAAGAAAAUAACCAGAGCAGAAGUUUUUAUGGAUAAUGUGAUGAGUCAAAAGGAGGAGAUGGUCAAAAACUACAAUGAAGAGAUGGAGAUGAUGCGGCAUAAAGCGUUCCAUCAGCUCGAUGAUGUUAUACGUGAGCAUGAGAAAAGCAAAAUGCAACUUGAAGCUCAAAAACAACAAUUGAUGCAACAAGAACUGGAAUUGAGAAAACGUGAAGCACUGAAUGAGAGUGAGAAGAGAAAGCUUCAGCUCCAGAAAGAGAUGAAUGAAAGGGCAAUAUUGGAGCAGAGAAAUGCAGAUGAGAAAAUGCUGCAAUUGGCUGAAGAUCAUAAGAGAGUAAAGGAACAACUUCAUAAAAGAAUAAUUGAACUGGAAGCGAACCUUGAUCAGAAGCAAGCACUACAGUUGCAGAUUGAGCGCUUAAGAGGUUCAAUGGAAGUGAUGCGACUCAUGAAUGAGGAAGGCGACGUCGAAGCUAAGAAGAAACUGCAGUCAAUUCAAGAAGAAAUCAAGGAGAGUGAAGAAGAACUUGAUAGCUUGGAAACACUGAAUCAAGCUCUAAUUAUAAAGGAAAGACUUACAAAUGAUGAGGUGCAGGAAGCCCGUAAAGAAUUAAUCCAUGGUUUAAGGGAGAGUCGUGCUUUUAUCGGUGUCAAGAGAAUGGGGGAACUUGAUGGGAAGCCAUUCCAUGCUGCUGCCAAAAGAAAAUUUAAUCCUAAAGAAGCAGCAGAGAAAGCAGUGGAGAUAUGUUCGUUGUGGGAGGAUUACCUGAGGGAUCCAAACUGGCAUCCUUAUAAGAUUAUCCAAAAGGGUCAUACUGCUGAGGAAAUAAUUGAUGAUGAUGAUGAGAAAUUGAAGGAACUAAAGGCCGAAUAUGGUGAUGAAGUUUAUCAAUCUGUUGUAACUGCGUUAAACGAGUUGAAUGAGCAUAACCCCAGUGGCAGGUACCCAGUACCUGCGUUGUGGCAUUACAAGGAAAAAAGAACUGUGUCAUUGAAUGAAGGAGUUAAACACAUAAUGAAGCAGUGGAAGGCCCAUAAGAAGAAAUUAAGAUAAAGCAUUUGACUAAAAGUUUGAGGGGAAAGAAGUAGGAGAGUUGAUUGUCCUAGUAUUAAUCCUAGUAGGCAAGCUGAACUAUUAAAGGAGUUCAGAUUCUGCAAAAACUUCAUUAGUUUUGCUCUAAAUUUCAGACGAGACAGUUUGUUCUUUAUCUGCUGCUUUCUUUUGUCAUUAGAUAGAUUGCAGCUUCAAGUAUUGUGUGAAUUUUGAGCACAAACAGGCAACAGGUAGAAAUAAGCAUUUGACAGGACAGAGAGCUAUUUUACAGAGGAAUACUCUGUAAUUUCACAGCACAGUGCUGUCAUUCUCUUCAUCAACAAAGCCUGUCCAUUGGUUUUUCAGGAA